CCCAUGGCUGUCAACCUCGAGCGAAGGAGCGACGUAAAUACUGCCUUAAAAACCGGUGUCAGUGUGCCCCGGUAAGAAAGAAAUGAGUAUUCCCAGGAGGAGGGGGAAGAUACUCUACUAAAUGACCUUAACUAUUGAUGAUCUGUUAAUCCGGAUGCUGAUUCCACUAAUCCAAGUUCAAGCAGUGACUCGAUCUUCAGGUGUUGGGGAAAUUGAAAGUCAGUGAUGGAGUACUGUGAGGCCUCCCCCGACCCACCCAAUGGGGUCGGGGGAUACUACUCACCCACCACCACCGAGGAUGUCCCAGAUGGAUAUAAAGAAAACACAAAUUGUGAAGCCUCAAUAGAGGAUGCCUCUCCUUUGCCAACCAUAGACUACAGCAACUUGUACAUACCAACGGAAGUUGAGAGGCACUUUGAUAGUAUGUCUCAGGGAACAGAGAUGCCAAAUAAUGUUCUGACAGAAGAUGAGGAUGACCAGACCGAUCCAGAUCAAGAUGGGGAGACAAGCCAGGAGCGUUGGGAAGUUCCUGUUGAUCCAGACAAGGAGAGUGAUGAGGAUACCAUGCUAGAUGGUGACUGGAUCCAUGAAAAUCAGGGAGUGAGAGCUAAGAAUGCUCAUGAUGAUUGGCUUGGCUCAGAGGGACAACUAGCUCAGCAAGAAACACAUCAGUGGGAUAGUGAGAAUGAACAAGAGGAGGGGGAAGGGACUGAUCAUUGGACAUGUGGAAGUGAUGAGAAUGAACCAUCUGUGAACUCGUCAUCAGAAAGUGGGACUGAGUGGAGUGAAGGUGAAGACCAACAGGAAGACAAACAGUGUAAAGAGAGAGAACGCAAACUCAGAUCUGUAAAACCAAAUCUAAAGAGCAAAUCGGUUUCUGGACCUCAGCCAGUCCUGUGUUUUGAUGAGUAUGGAAAUUUAACCACUUCCUAUCAAAGAGCAGAAGAACCACACUCAUCUCAAGAGGUAGGAAAUGUAACAAAUGAAUUUGCAUCUCAUGAAGCAGUUGAAAAUGCAAAAAUGCAUCAUAAGGUGGAUACUAAAUACAGCAAGCGCAAGAAGGGCGCUAAUUUCACAGGAAGUGAUGAACCAAAUGAUACAUUGUCAAGCAAUGGAGAAGCAAAGGCUUUGAGAAAUAAACCAAAGGUACGUCAUGAAAGUGGAGAGGGUAGCCUUGUGUCAGAUCUGGAGCUGAAACAAGCAUUCAAGGAAGAUUUCUUGACGGCUGCAAUGAGCAGAUAUGGAAGAGCAAGGAAAAGGAAAACGGAAGAUGAUUUUUUCUUUGGUACCUUGAAUUUCAAUGAACUUAGGAAGAUCACUUCAAAUAGCCCAAAGAAAAAUAAAGGUUCAAACUCCAAAAAUUCAAGCCCAGACCAGAAGAGCAAAGUUUCUUCCAAGGAAGAAGCAAGAGUUAGACUAAGGUUAGAUGAAGCAGUUGAUAGUGAGAUUCAGAGUUGGCAAGUGAAGUCAGAAGAAGGGGACCAAGAAGAGGUUGAUGAUGCAAGCAAAGUACAAAAAUUAUCUGAAGCCAAAGACGGAAAUGAGUUAGUACAAAGUAGAGUGGAUGGUAUACAGGAGAGAGAAAAUGAUAUUAUUAAAGGAUGUAGUGAUAGCUAUAAUUUUAGGGAGUCUCAAGGAAAUUCAGUGCAGGGCAGCAGUAGGGUUCUUGAAAAUGAAGUAAAAUCUAGCAUUCCUGAUCAUCACUUCUCUGAUAACUCCCUUUCCAUGCACUAUAAAGAAUUGCGAAGUGCAGGAGUUGCUCUGGACACAUCAGAUUCCAAAGAGAGAAAUAUUGAAGAAUCUGUAGAUUCCACCCGCGUAGAGAGACGCAAGCGCUUGAGUCUUCGUAAGCAAUCAGAAAACUCAGUCAUGCAGUUAAGGACCUCAGAAAGGAUUGAACGCUUAUCAAGGAGGCAGUCAGAUGUUACCAAGGAGGAGUGUGUGCUCCAGGCCAGUGAUACAGAGAAUACAUUUAGGAAGAGACUGCGGAGAAGUCACGCAUGUGAUAUUCCGCUGGCAAAUGACUCCACCACAUCAUGUACAGAUUCUCAAGACUCUCAGGAUGAAUUGUGGGGGACUGCUAAAGUUUUGAAAUCCCCUUCAGAAGAGAGACACUCUGGGGAUGAUAAAGUUGCUGGAGAGCUUGCAUCUACAACAAAAUCAGGAAGGACUGUUCGAAAACCCCAAAUCAUGGAUGUUUCUGAUGAAGAGAAACGUCAGAAACAAUCGAGAGAACAGCUUCGCCAGUCCGAAGCAUUGCUCAACUCUAGCCUUGACUAUGAUCUUGUUGCAUCAGGCAUAGAUAUGCAUGCCCUUGAGCAGGAACAUCCGUGUGAGUACUUGGUAGGUGACCUAGUAUGGGUUCACAUUAGGGGAAGUCCAUUGUGGCCUGCAAUGGUGUCCUACCACCCACGAAUGGGCCAGUACACCAAAAUAUCAGUUGCCCAGAACUGGUACAAAAUACGCAGUGUCAGAAUGUACCAUGUACAAUUCUUCAGCGAUAAUGCCCAAACAUAUUGGAUUGCACCCAUCAAUGUCUUACCAUUUGAAGGCUUACCCAAGCUCAGAGAGUACCUCAGUGACCUUAAGUCUAAGGCAAAAGAAAUGAAAAAAUCAAAAAAAUCUCACAAUGACAGUUUACUUAAGACUUUAGUACAUAUCAACAAGAUAACUACAGGCCAGAAACAUGAGCGUUGGAUCAGAGCAAUAGAAGAAGGAAAAGCAGCUAUGGCUUUGGACAGAUAUGAAAGAAUACAAAAGUAUGCCUUAGAGUAUCCCGAGAUUGAACCAUCAGAAGAUGUCAGCGUGAAGAAGUUGAUCUCUAAACAUUCCAUGCUGAAGUCACAAGGUUCUAGCAUGGAAGGCAGACCUGAGAAGAAGAAGAGGGGAAGGCCCAGAAAGUACAAUAUUGAAAAGAAGUUACCAAGUAAACCUUCCAAGUCAAAUGGUGAUUCAACGGAUGGCGAGUUUUCAGGCUUUGAUGAAAAUUCUUCUUUCGAGGAGAAGAAAAGGAGGCUUGCCCUCACCACCAAACUGAGCAAGGAAGGCAGCUUCAAGGUCUAUGCCCAGAAACACUUGCCUAGGGUAAUGCAGGAUUUCCCAAACAUUUCCGAAGAGACUGCACGCAAUAAGUUGAGAUGGAGAUGGAAGAAGAUGAGUAGCUCCCAGACCACAAGAUAUAAAUCCAAGUUUUCAUCAUCUCCGAAUGAAGGGCUGAAUGAUACUAUGAAAAGGAAAUAUGAGCCAUCUUUUGAAAAUUUCCUUGAAGAUGACAGUGGGGCAUCAGCUGCAAAAAGGAAAAGGACAGAAGAGUAUGUUGAGAACUUGCGUGGUGUUUAUAAAGUAGUGCGUAAUGAGAAAGUCUGUUACCGUUGUGAAAGUGUGAGUACUAAAGGUGGUUCUGAUAUGGUCCGGUGCAAAGGACUCUGUUGUGGUGUCUUUCACUUGGAGUGUAUAGGGUUAAGCUCUCACCCAAAGAGAGAUUUCAAAUGUGAAGAAUGCCUUACUGGCCAACACAAGUGCUUCCUAUGCAAGUCAUCAGAUGGGAUUUUGCAAAGAUGUACAGUUCCCUUCUGUGGCAAGUUCUACCAUGAAAGAUGUAUUCAAAAGUGGCCUCAUGUCUCCAAACAAAGGCAGCAAGAGAGGUUUGUGUGUCCACGCCAUGUAUGUCACAUGUGUGCUGCCAAUGCAGAUGACAUGGGUGACCCUGUAGCAAGAACACCACCCUUCACUCGCUGUCUAAGGUGCCCUACAACCUAUCACACAGGUGAAGAAUGCAUUGCAGCUGGCACAGAGGAGAUCUCCCAGCAACAUCACAUUUGUACAAAACACCUCAUCUUACCCAAGAAUACAGCACAUCAUGUUAAUGUGAAUUGGUGCUUCUGUUGUUCUAAGGGUGGUUCAUUGCUGCUGUGUGACCAAUGCCCAGCUGCCUUCCAUGCGGACUGCAUAAAGAUAACUGCUCCAGAGGGUGGAUAUGUAUGCGAGGAUUGUGAGAACGGAAAGGUCCCUGUUUAUGGUGAUAUUGUUUGGGUGAAAUUAGGAAUAUACAGAUGGUGGCCAGGCCAAGUGCUACACCCUAGAUUCAUUCCAGACAACAUUGAAAACCUUCCUCAUCAGCAGGGCAUGUUUUGUGUUCACUUUUUUGGGUCCAAUGACUACUAUUGGGUCACCAAAGGUCGAGCGUUCCAUUACCAGGAAGGGGAUAAGGGAUCAAAGGCAGCAUCCAGUAAAACACUAGAGAAACAGUUCCAGAGAGCCCUUGAAGAGGCUGUUGAAGCUUAUCGUGCUCAGAAAAUCAGGAAAGCACAACAGGAAGCACAUCGCUCUGAAAAGGGCAACUUGAAACCUCCUCCUUAUGUCAGAAUUGAUUCCAAUCGUCCUGUUGGUAAUGUACGUCUGAGCAAAGUAGACCUUGCAGCCGUCAACCGGUGUGAUUGUGAUCCUGACUCUGAAAAUCCCUGUGGAUCUGAUGAAAAGUGUUUAAACAGAAUGUUAAUGUUUGAGUGUAUGCGUGAAGUUUGUGGAGCGGGAGACAAGUGUGGCAACCAGAGGUUCCAGAAGCGACUUUACCCUAACUUGUGCUGUUUUAAAACCGAGAGCCGAGGCUGGGGCCUAAAAGCGCUUGAAGAUAUUAAAAAGGGUCAGUUUGUGAUAGAGUAUGUGGGUGAGCUUAUCGAUGAUGAGGAAUUCAGGCGGCGCAUUGAGGAGAUGCACAAAGUCAAGGAGGAGAAUUAUUACUUCCUCACCAUUGACAAAGACAUCAUGAUAGAUGCUGGCCCAAAGGGAAAUUUGGCAAGGUUUAUGAAUCACUCAUGUCAACCAAAUUGUGAAACCCAGAAAUGGACUGUGGGAGGGGACACCAGGGUAGGACUUUUUUCCAUCUGUGAUAUUCCUGCUGGCUCAGAACUCACUUUCAACUACAACCUACAAUGUGUUGGCACAGAGAAGAAGCGUUGCAGUUGUGGAGCACCAAACUGCAGUGGCUUCAUUGGUGUAAAGGUACAAAAGCAGACCGAAUCACAAGGCCCAAAAAGAGAGAAGCUUGCCAAGCGUAAACGAAAACGUCGUAGACGUGAAGCGAAGAUGUCAGAAGACGAGUGUUUUAGAUGUGGCAGUCAUGGAGACUUGAUAUUGUGUGAUGUAGCUGCUUGUCCAAAGGGUUACCAUCUUCAAUGCUUAGGUUUAGAAAAGUUACCAAAAGGGAAAUGGAUAUGCCCAUGGCACCACUGUGAUGAGUGUGGACAGCGAAGCACACGCCUGAAUCGGUGUGAUUUUUGCCCAAACUCCUUUUGCCGUCAGCACCUGCCAGGUAAUCUGCAGACUGUGUCGGGUAUCGGCAAUGUUUGUCAAGAGCACGAUCCUGAGGAACUGGAGGCGCUCAGAGGUCAGAUGGAAAUGGAAGCGAAUGAGGCUUUGUUAUCUGUUGACCAUAGAGUGCAGCCAGUAGCAGAAGCUGAAGCAGACCAGAAUUCUUUCAUUGGUUCUUCAGCGACAAAAUACAGAGACUUUGCAGAAGCACCAAAGGACAUGUAUGAGAAUGCCUUAAUUGAAGGGACAUCAAAAUCAGUUGCCAAUGGUGUACUUGCAAUGGAUUCAGCAGCAAAAGUACAAGAAGGACAAGAUGCAGCCUCUCCCAGGAAGGGUGCUUCAGUGCUCCCUCUACAGAAAAAGAUUAGAUAUGGCAGAACGCAACGGUUUUCCAAGGUGCCUGAUGGACCAGAAAAUAGCUCAGCUGUGAUCAAUGUUUCUGGAGAUAUAUUGGAGGAGAAAAGUUCAGCUAAGCAUGGUGGGCCUCAGAGGGCAUUAAAAACAGUAGCUCGGAAAACUGUCAGAAGUAAACGAGCUCAGUCAGACAGUGUUGCCAAGCCUGUCAAUGAGGCAUGAAGUUGAAUGUAAGCAUUGUGAGUUCUAGAUGAUUAAUUCAUUUUUUGCAAAGCCAAAAAUAUAUUUAUUUUAUUGUUUUGCCUUUGUGUUAAUACAUUGAAAAUGAACAGCACAAAGUUCUAGGGCUCAGUGUUUUAGUUAUGUAGAAGCUAGUCGAAUAUCUGUAUUUAACAGAUGAAUUAAAAUGUUAUUUGUAUUUAUUACGUUGCGUGUCAUGAUGCAUUGUCAUUUUAACAUUUUAUUUCAUUUUUAGGUAUCAAGUUCAUGGAACCUCAGGUUGAUCUUUCAUUUCAUUUCAUAGUUUGCAAACAUGAUGCUAGCUUUGAGUCGUAUUAUACCUCUGUGCAUAGAUGUAACCUGAGUAAUAUUUUCAUUCUUAGGCCUGUUUUGAUUUCUUACUAUUAAUUACUUAUAAAUAUCAAUAUUUUAAAAGAUAAUUUGUAUAAUUUUUGACCAUAUAUGUAAUGCCAGAGGUUAUAGAUAGAUAUCUAUAUUUUGUCCUUUUUUAAUGUAAUCUAGACAGGAUUUUACAUAUGUCCAUUUUGGAAUUAGGGUUGAUACUAUGCCUUUUGAGUCAUGCAUUUGAAAAAGACAGUCAUUGUCAUUUUUCUAUUUUGUGUUGCAUACACUUAAAGUAAUUGGACCCUCCUUUCAUACUGACUGUCUUGAGUGGCAGACUGUCUUUCAAGGACAAUAAACUUUACAAAAAACAAAGAAAAGUAUUACUUCUUCAUAUUGUCUCUCUUUCUUGAGCAUGAAG